CAGAAGCGCACCGUUCAGUUUGUCCUCUCCGGUUGUUUCUGUCGAGCGUGAAGUAGGAAUCUUUUGAACUGACCUGCAGAGGAAAACAACAACUGUUGGCGUGGCCGAAAAAGAUUCAAGUCGGCACCUUCAUCAUCAUUGAUGUUGCAGGGCAGUUGUGACCAUGCGUUGCCUGGCUGCUCGAGUCAACUAUAAGACCCUCAUUUUCAUCUGCGCCCUUUUCACACUCAUCACUGUGUUACUGUGGAAUCGCUGCUCGAGUAACACCUCCCUGCGUUUUUUGCCUCGAACUGCUUUGGGGGCCCCAAGUCCCAAGGAGGGGGAUGUUAGUAGCUUCAGCAGCCAGCAACACCCUCCACAACCUCCAGAACCUCCACCUGUUGUUGGUGGAAGCAAGUAUGAGGAAAUUGACUGCCUGAUCAAUGAUGAAUCCACGGUCAAAGGCAGACGUGAAGGUGGAGAGAUCUAUCUGCCCUUCAGUUGGAUGGAAAAAUACUUUGAGGUGUAUGGCAAAGUGGUGCAGUAUGAUGGCUAUGAUCGCUUUGAGUUUCAGCAUAGUUACUCAAAGGUGUAUGCGCAGCGAGAGCCCUAUCACCCAAAUGGGGUUUUUAUGUCGUUUGAGGGAUACAAUGUGGAGGUCCGUGACCGAGUGAAAUGCAUAAGUGGAGUGGAAGGUGUGCCUCUGUCCACUCAGUGGGGUCCUCAGGGCUACUUCUAUGCCAUCCAGAUUGCCCAGUACGGCCUGAGUCAUUACAGCAAAAACCUAACGGAGCGUCCACCGCACCUGGUUGUCUACGAUACAGCUGAGGAAAGAGAUAGCCGAGCCAGCACGGCAAUAUGGAGUGUGCCAAAGGGCUGCAGUCUCACCCGUGUCCAAGACAAGGGCCGUGCUUCCUCAGUUCGCCAGUUCAGUGCUCCAGAGUCUUUGGAGGCAGUGUCGCUCCUUCUAGAUAACACCAAAGACUUCAUCCUCAGCUUGGACAUAAAGUUCACCUCCAACGGCAGCUUGUCUGUGAUCCUCGACACGACAGAGAAAGGCUCGGCCUUCACCAUCCACUAUGUUACCAAUACGCAACUCAUCACCUUCAAAGAUCGUGAAAUCACCUACGGCAUCGGGCCACGAACCACUUGGAGCACCCUCACACGUGACCUGCUCACAGAUCUGAGGAAAGGCAUCGGUUUGUCGAACACGAAGGCAGUCAAAGCCACAAAGAUCAUGCCCAAGCGAGUUGUGCGAUUGCUCUUGCAAGGACGGGGAUUCAUUGACAAUAUCACUGUCUCCACCACUGCCCACAUGGCCGCUUUCUUUGCCGCCAGCGACUGGCUAAGGCGCAACCAAGACGAACAUGGCGGCUGGCCCAUCAUGGUCACACGCAAAUUGGGCGAGGGCUUCCGGCCACUAGACCCCGGCUGGUACUCUGCAAUGGCCCAAGGCCAGGCAAUGUCCACCCUCGUGAGAGCCUACCUUCUCACCAAGGACCACGCUUACCUCAAUGCUGCUCUGAAGGCAAUCGGACCCUAUAAGGUGCCAUCAGCGCAGCACGGGGUCAAGGCGGUAUUUAUGAACAAAUACGACUGGUAUGAAGAGUAUCCCACCUCGCCUAGUUCCUUUGUCCUCAACGGCUUCAUCUACUCCCUGCUGGGACUCUACGAUUUGAGCGAGACAGCUGGAGAGAAGCUGGGCAAGGAGGCCGGGCGGCUGUUUAGCCGCGGCAUGGAGUCGCUGAAGGCCAUGCUGCCGCUCUAUGACACCGGGUCGGGGAGCAUCUAUGACCUGCGCCACUUCAUGUUGGGCACUGCGCCCAACUUGGCUCGCUGGGACUAUCACACCACGCACAUUAACCAGCUCCAGCUGCUGGCAUCAAUAGACAACUCUGCCAUCUUCAAGGAUGUGGUAAAGCGCUGGAAAAGCUACUUGAAAGGGAAUCGUGCUAAGCACAACUAGACUUUCAAAUCCAGUGUGUGACCUGCGGGUUGACUGAAUGUGAAGAGUAAGCUUAUCUAGUGUGCGUCACUCGGUAUGCAUCGCAGCGUAGAGUGUUUUCUAAAUCCCAAGGAUGCUUAAGUAGCUGCAGCUUUCAACAUUCGAGCGUGUGGGCUCUGUUACGGGUGUUGUGUUCUCUGCAGCAUCAAUUGUAGCACGCCUUCUUAUCAGGAGCGAGGGUUUGUAAUCAUGCACAGACUUAGUUCCUGGUUGCAUGCAUUUCUUGUCUUUAGAUCCCAAUUUGAAAUCACUUUAAAUGGUGAGCCCAUUUCAACAAUCAUUCACCAGUAUCAUCAGAUGUAUUUUUAUAUUUCAACCUAUGUGGAAGUAAUUGUAAAUAAUAGAAUAUAUUCACAGAUGUUUGGAAGAGAGCAAAAUCUUAUCUCAGAGCUGCGAGUUGUUGUAAAGGGCACUGACAACCCUGGCCACUUCCAGGUACAUGCACAUUGAGGUAUUGGCACAUUGGGGUACUGACAAAAAGGACAAUAACACUCUAAAAUAUAAAUGUUUUUGUCAUGCCGUUUGUGCGUGCAAAGUUUUGAGUAUUCAUUCAGGUUUAGGACAUCAAAAACCUCACGAUUUUUCUUUGUAAACAGCCCAACAUAGAUGAAACAAGACGAUUGGAUGAAAUCUUUCGGAGGAGUUCGUAUAUAAGAGCUCCAUAAAAGCCCCCGAAAAAUGCUGACAAAUUCUAAAGUAAGUCAAGUCAGCAAGUUCUGCAGAAGAUGGAUAACAAUCCUAAUCAUUUCACUCAGUUGCCCACCCCUGAACAUUGGGGGGGAAAAGUGCAAAGAUUCUGCCAAAAUUGUACAUUUCAAAUCUUCGUAGCUCACUUCUUUUACAUUUUAGGGUACACUGUAGCUACCAAAGUAAUUUUUUCACGUCUUGGGGUCCUUUAUGGGCCUCCCAAUUUCCAUAGUCGCAGGUCGUAAGUACCAGCACAGGUCUUCGUUAAACCUCUGUAGGGAGCGCGACAUAGCUUUUUUUCCCCCUCUUCUUACUUGUUUGUUUGGAUACACCUUUAUUGCCAAAUGUGCUGUAUGUGUAAGAUACAACACAGAUGAAAUUGUGCAAGGCAACUUUAACAUAACAAAUUUUUCGCCAGGCGUAAUGUGUGUGCAAACGUUGGCGAGUUUUCCUUCAUGCUUUGUCUUCAAAAAUGUAAUUCAUUUUGAAGAACACUAAUAAGUCUGAGUAGAAUUUCCAGUUUUUUUAAAACUGAAAUGGCGGCGCCUUGUUUAACUAUGUUUAACAUUAACAGAAUGCUGCCACAAAUGCAAAGGCUAAGCUCCAUCAUAACCUAUUUGCAAGUGUGUGUUAGGUUUAGACUGAUUUUGUUUUUUUUAACUGGAUUGAACAUACACACAUGAAAAGAGGCAUCUGUGUACUAGUCUAUCAACUUUAAAGAGAAUACCGUCUUAUAAUAAUACCAAUAUAGCCCGAUCAUUAAGCUUUAGUUUUGGGGGGGGUUUUCCCUCCCCUAUCACCCAAAUUUGUGAAUGAGCUGUAGAUGCGAUUCAAGGGAAAUGAAAAUACUGGAACAUACGCACUAUUGUAUAAACGGGUACAAAUGGUCUAUACCCGUCAAGAUGGUCAAUGACUUCCGAUUCAGCCCAUAGCAUUGUUUCAAAUUGGUCAACUUUGCAGCUUUCUUUUAUUUAUUAUUAUUUUGCUUAUUCAAAGUGGAUGAAAAGAUGCAUUUAAACUAAUCCUUGGUGCAGUCACUCAACAUAUUGAUCAUUACUGUUAAUGAGGCCAUUGCAAUCAAAUAAGGUACAAAGACUGCUGCAAAACUACUUGUAUGAAAGGGUUUUCAACCCACCUGGGACUGUUUUCAACAUUCUCACUGAGCGGUUGGACUAUCUUUUAAGUUGUUCUCGCUUCCCAAUUCAACAUUCCAAUUUUUGAAUUGAGCAGCCAAGUGUGUGGUUAGUUCAAACAGUUUUUAAGUACAGAUUUUUGAAAAAUGUUGCUAAAGAAUCCUGAAGCCUGAGGGGACUUAAUAACAGACCUCAACGUUUUUUUCCCCUCCCCAGUGCAUUCUCAUUAUUCCUCGGCGCAGAAUUCAUCAAACAACUCAGCCUAUUUAAAUAUAGUGUAUCCAAGUUCACUGAGACUGAGUCUCGCCAAGAUACCUACAAUUCAGCCAACUAAUGGGCUGGAGCGCCUGCACAGAGUAAGCGAUGAGUCAGCAAAACAAAGAGACUUUCCGAAUGAAGCUACUAUUGACCUUGCUAAAUAAUUUGCAAUCAAAGCACGGUAGUCAGGUAACUAGGCUCUCUGCUUUCAACAGGGACUCCUAAGACAGUGGGAAAUUAAACUAAGAAAUCUAUUCCUUGUGACAAGAAUCAAUUAAUAGGCGUUGCACAAAAACUAAAAAAAACAUAAAAAGAAUGUCAUAUACAGUAUACUGUCUAGGCACAAUAUGGGUAAUCAUGGCAGAACCUGCGAUACAAUAAUAUUGUGCUUGUUUCCCUCUGAUAAUUUCUCACAGCAGUGGUAAUGUGAUCAUCCAUAGUUGCUAGGCUUAUCGCAACAACUACCGAACUAAAAAGGUGACAUUUUUUUAAGAAAGGUAGUGUGUAGAAUUUAGUGCCACCUAGUGAUGAACUGAUUCAAUGCAACAACCAUUUUGCUUUUUUUCAAGCACGCGCACUACGGUGCCUCAGAGAGACCAUACUUCGCAAUUCUACCAUCGAUAUUUUCAGCUGAGGGGCAAGCAAAAUGGCAUGCCAAACGAGUGCUAGUACUGCCUCAAGUAUCGGAGUAAGUGCAUGGCAUUUGUUACACCGGCUAUCGUCACGAUGCUGAGGAACUGUGUUCGCAAAGUUAGUCGCCUUCGCGUAUCUAUCAGAAAGCUGGAGGCGGAACAUGGCAACCUCCUGCAGGCUAGGCCCGCCACAUGUAGCGGUAAUAUAAUUAGUGAUUACCUCACCUAAAAUUACAUUUAAAAAAAUAUGAUGUGAUAGAACAUAUUGCAUAUUAUUGAAACUCGUAGUGCAUUUAUUAAACGCAUACUGAAAAAUCAACACAUUUUUACACAUUGUCCCUUUGAGUGUACAUAAUAAAAUAAUUGCCAUUUCUUAUUUUAUGUGGAUAUCAAUACUAGUCUGUGACUGAAAAACAACAAACGAUUUGUCCUAAUAUUUCACCAUAUCUGGUUUGUUAACAGUUUUGCAAUAUUGAGGCGGAAAAAAGUCACCCAAGGUAUUGUCUAAUAUUUCAGUUACCUCAAUGUAUAUGUAUGUCUUUUUAAAGCAGGCAUGCAGGGAGGACUGACAUAAUUGGCUCCAGAGCAACUCUUGAAGUCUUUUUUUUUCCACAACAGAUGCAAAGUCAAGCUUGCACAAAGGAAAUUUUUACAUUAAAUUUUGCAUCAUUCAAAAUUGGCAAAUCUUACUGGAUUUUGACUUUAGCGCAUCAGAUUGUGUUCAGCAAAAUGACUCUCGUGCCUCAUUAACUCGCAUCGUUGGAUUAAUUCAACUUUUCAGCAUGCCGAUUAUUGAAGCCAAGUAAUGACGAUUGGCUCCAUUCUUGACCGAGUUUUGAUUUGAACAAAAUGAACGAACGGGGUGUUGUGGCCAGUUGCAGAUGGGCCGGAAUGCUAAAAACACAACAUGCUCAACAUGACUUCGUUGGUUGUUAAGAUACAAAGGUGUUGACAGUAAAUGGAGACAGGAGUCAUAGUAACUCAAUAAAUGAGCGAUAUUAUGCAAUCUGUCCCAAAGUAUAUUUAACAUUUUUUUUGGUCCUGAAAAUGUGACAAAAAAAUCAUACGCAGGUUUUUUUUUUAAUACUACCUUUUCCAAAGGGACUUUUUUUGUUGUUGUUGCUAAAAUGGUAACAUGGCACUCUUUUUGUCAUGAGGCAUUGCUAUUGAUGAUCCUGAACUAUCUUUUGAGCUAUACACAACUAACUGGACUCACUGUGGAGGGCAAAUCGGUUUGAAGUUUACUUUCAUGUUGUUGUGUUAACAUUAUUCUAUAGAUUUUACUUGAUUUUUGUUUUUUUUUUCUCUGAUUGCUUGAGCUUGUUUCUUUUUUUCUCCAUGAAUUCAUUUCAUACAGUUUGUUGUUAUUAUAAGAGUAGCAAUACAUUUCUGUUUUGUUUAUACCAAAGUAGCAUAGUAGAGAAUACUUAAAUGUAUAUAUUUUUGUGCAAAAUAUUUCAAGCAUUUCAUGAACUACAGAAAACCAGUCCUCGUGACUGUGCCUUUAACUACUACAGCUUGUGCAGAGUUUCGUAAAACUUGCUCUUCUGAAAUUGACAAAACGCUGUCAUUUAUUUAUGGAAUCUCAAUGCCAAUUUCAUUUUAAAAUGCGGGUGGGCUGAGUCUGUUUGCCCUCUUUUAUUUAGAAUAUUUUGCAGAAAAGUUUAAUGUUUUGCUCUUCAGACAAAAGCACAAGUUCUAUUUAAGAUAAUUGUCAUCAUAAUGUCGAUUUUGCUUGUUUUUUUUUCCCUUUCCCUGAUAUGAGGUGCACCACUUGCAAUUAAGAAAGCUGCUAUUAUUAUUCAACGGAUAAUAACUGCACAGCAUUCUAUUUCCUCCUUUUAGUGUUAUUUUCCACUCACUGUCUGCUUGCAUAAUUGCCAUUGAGUCAACAUAAUUUAUGCAAUAAAAUGUUUACUUUGGUUGUGUCACAACACAAGACGCCCGGAGUUGUCGUACAGACUUCCCAGUCUUAGCACAAUGUGCAAAUGCUACCGUUUUUUUGGUCCCGAUAGAUGUUUAUACACAAAGUAAAACUUUGUGCUUUAAAACUAGCUUUUUUUUUCAAAAUGUAAAAGGAAAAAAAUAAAUGCAUUUUCUGAAUAUCUCU